UUACUAUACAGUAGGUGGUCAGGUGUACAUAAAUACAUAGAAACCACUGUUUUGUUCUCCAUCUGAUGGUGUCACGGUGAGGUCUAAUUCAUUUAGCGUAUGAGGGUUUGCGCCUGUUGACAAAAGCGGGAAGAUAUCAUGAUUAAUCUAUUUGUUUUUACAUCAUAGGACCAUUGCAUCCUUCUGCUUGACCUACAGUUUGUUACAAAUUGCUAUUCGAAACUGGGUCUUGUUUAUUUUAUGUCUCACUCUUGGUUAGGUCACCUUGUAUCCAUUCAUUUUCAUCAGUAAUUACAGUCGUCAACUGCUGCCAUGGGUGAAAUGGAGAAGAUGAAAAAGGAAGCUGAAACCCUGAAGACACAAAUCGAGGCAGCACGCAAAGCGGCUCAUGACAUAGAGUUGGCUGCUGCUGCCUCUGGAGUGACAAUUACACCCGCCAUACAGCUCAAGACCAGGAAGACACUGAAAGGCCACUUGGCCAAAAUCUAUGCCCUGCACUGGGCCACAGAUAGCAGGUUAAUGGUCACUGCCUCACAGGAUGGAAAACUCCUUAUUUGGGAUACGCAUUCAGGAAACAAGAUUAAUGCGGUUCCUCUGAAGUCCUCAUGGGUGAUGACCUGUGGAUAUUCCCCCUCUGGAAACCUUGUGGCCAGUGGUGGUCUCGACAACAUGUGCACCGUAUACAAUUUGAAGACACCUGCUGUUAAGAUUGUGAAAGAAUUAGACGCACACUCAGGUUACCUCUCCUGUGCCCGCUUUCUUAGUGACACUGAAAUCCUCACUUCCUCUGGUGACACCACCUGUGCACUGUGGGAUAUAGAGUCUGGCAAGCAGAAGAUUGUCUAUCUUAACCAUGUGGGUGAUUGUAUGUGCCUGGCUCUGUCCCCUGAUAUGAAGAUGUUCAUUUCUGGGGCCUGUGACUCGUUGGCCAAACUGUGGGACAUCAGGGAUGGCCAGUGCAAACAGACAUUCCAGGGCCACACCAGCGAUAUCAAUGCCAUUGCUUUCUUGAAUAAUGGAAACACUUUUGUGACUGGCUCAGACGACUGUACCCUUAAGAUGUUUGACAUCCGCUCUGAUCAGGAAGUGAUGUGCUACGAGGAUGGCCAAAUGAACAGUGCUGUGACAUCACUGACCCUGUCUAUGUCAGGCCGCCUCAUAUUUGCUGGAUAUGACAACUUUAACUGCAACAUCUGGGACUCACUGAAGGGUGAUAAAGUUGGAGUGUUGUCUGGGCAUGACAACAGAGUGAGUUGCGCCGGAGUACCAUUGGAUGGCAUGUGUGUGUGCACUGGCUCAUGGGACAGCUUUCUAAAAGUCUGGAACUGAUCUGGUCCAACCACCUCCCCAAAAAAAAGGGGGAGAAGGAGGGGGAGCAAAUGAAAGAAAAAGAAAGGCUAGAGUUGGAAGGGAGAAGUAGAGAGUCUAAGAAAGAAGAAAGUCAUGAAAAAGAUCAUGGCACCUGUCAGACAUUAAUGUCACAAAACCCUUUCUCUCCCUGUCUCUCUUUUUGUCCCACCUAUGAAUACUGGGGAAUUAAUGGAGUAAUAGAAAUGUCCUCUCAAACACCAUGAGAUGUAGCAUAUUAACAGAGGUGAAACGUAUUAUCAGCUCAUGACCAAGAUCUAAAAUAGCAUAGGCUUAAGCUCAUAUGGGAAAAUAAUAAAUGUUAAAUAUAUGCGUUAAUA